AUGGCGACAAAGCGAAAGGCCGCGGCGAUGAACGCCGUCGAUGACGAACCUGUCGACCCCUCAGAUGAGUUGGCGUUUUAUUGUUUGGGUGGUGGUAAUGAGGUUGGGAGAUCAUGUCACAUCAUUCAGUAUAAGGGAAAGACUGUCAUGCUUGAUGCUGGUAUGCAUCCUGCGAAAGAGGGAUUCUCUGCGCUCCCCUUCUUUGACGAAUUCGACCUGAGCACGGUGGAUAUACUCUUAAUUAGCCACUUUCACGUCGACCACUCAUCCGCGCUACCCUACGUCCUCAGCAAAACAAAUUUCAAAGGCCGUGUUUUCAUGACCCACGCGACGAAGGCUAUUUACAAAUGGUUGAUCCAGGAUAAUGUGCGAGUCAACAAUACUGCCUCAUCAUCGGACCAGCGGACUACGUUAUAUACGGAGCAUGACCAUCUGUCAACGCUGCCGCUGAUCGAGACCAUUGACUUCAACACAACUCAUACCAUAAACAGCAUUCGCAUCACUCCCUUCCCUGCCGGCCACGUCCUUGGAGCUGCUAUGUUCCUGGUAUCGAUUGCGGGUUUGAACACUCUAUUUACAGGAGACUAUUCUCGUGAAGAAGAUCGCCAUCUCAUCCCCGCCGAGGUCCCUCGGGGGAUCAAGAUUGACGUACUCAUAACUGAAUCGACGUUUGGAAUAUCCUCCAACCCUCCUCGACUCGAGCGCGAGGCUGCCCUAAUGAAGUCUAUAACCGGAGUGCUGAACCGUGGAGGUCGAGUUCUUAUGCCAGUAUUUGCGCUUGGCCGUGCGCAGGAGCUACUCCUCAUUCUCGAUGAAUAUUGGGAAACACAUCCCGAGUUGCAAAAGAUUCCCAUCUAUUACAUUGGAAAUACGGCUCGAAGAUGUAUGGUUGUUUAUCAAACAUACAUUGGAGCAAUGAACGAUAACAUCAAACGGCUUUUCCGCCAGCGAAUGGCAGAAGCCGAAGCUAGCGGCGACAAGAGUGUCAGUGCAGGGCCUUGGGAUUUCAGGUUUGUCCGAAGUCUACGCAGCCUAGAACGGUUUGACGAUGUUGGUGGAUGUGUCAUGCUAGCGUCCCCAGGUAUGCUACAGACAGGAACUAGUCGAGAACUCCUGGAGAGAUGGGCUCCAAAUGAGCGCAAUGGUGUUGUCAUGACGGGCUACAGUGUAGAGGGCACGAUGGCCAAGCAGUUGCUGAAUGAACCAGAUCAGAUUCAUGCCGUGAUGUCCCGUGCGGCCACUGGCAUGGGGAGGUCACGCAUGAAUGGUAACGAUGAGGAACAGAAGAUCAUGAUUCCGAGACGGUGUACUGUUGACGAGGUCUCGUUCGCAGCUCAUGUUGAUGGCGUCGAGAACCGAAACUUCAUUGAAGAAGUGCAGGCACCUGUUGUGAUCCUUGUCCACGGUGAAAAACACCAGAUGAUGCGGUUAAAAUCAAAACUGUUGAGUCUCAACGCUGACAAGACAGUGAAAGUCAAAGUCUACACCCCAGCCAACUGCGACGAAGUCCGAAUCCCCUUCCGGAAAGAUAAAAUUGCCAAAGUGGUUGGUAAACUAGCACAAACGUCUCUACUCUCGGAGCAAGAAGAGGGCCCGCUCAUGGCCGGAGUCCUUGUUCAGAACGGCUUUGAUCUGUCGCUGAUGGCGCCGGAUGAUCUCCGAGAAUACGCUGGUCUAGCGACCACUACUAUCACCUGCAAGCAACACAUUACUCUAAGUUCUGCUAGUAUGGAUUUGAUCAAAUGGGCAUUGGAGGGUACUUUCGGUGCUAUUGAGGAAAUUGGUACCGACCAAGAGGCGAAGAAUGAAGAAGACCAAGAAGAUCCCGACGGGGAUAAACAACAAACAAAACAGGAGGCUGCCGACGAAGAGAUUCCUAUGGAAGAGCCUCAAGCAUAUCUGGUUAUGGGCUGCGUCAUCCUCCGAUAUCACCCUCGAACUCGCGAGGUCGAGCUCCAAUGGGAAGGAAACAUGAUGAACGACGGUGUAGCCGACGCGGUCAUGGCUGUCCUACUCACCGUGGAAAGCAGCCCGGCUUCCGUUAAACAAUCCGCUAAGCACAAGCACCACCACCACCACGGUGACGACGACGACACUACCUUAGACAUCUUAAACCCGCACGCUGCGCAGGACGCAGAAGAACGCUUCACGCGCCUCCUCAUGAUGCUCGAAGCCCAAUUUGGCUCCGAGAUUGCGCCCAUCGAGCGCCCCCGCCUGGCUUCCUCAUCCUCCAACAAAGACCUUUCAAACGGCACAGCAACUGGGCCCGUCAAGUCCGAGCCCGAGCAAACCCCAAGUCCAUUCGACACAAAGGAUACUGAAGACCAAGAUCCCGCAACCGUGGCGGAACUCGAAGCCGCCGAGCUUGCUCGUCUCCAUGCCCUUGGUAUUCCUGUUCCCGGUCUGGAGAUCAAGGUGGAUAAGCAUACUGCGAGGGUAUGGUUGGAAGACUUGGAGGUCGAGUGUGCCAAUGCGGUGCUGAGGGAUAGAGUCCGGGUUGUGAUUGAGCGGGCUGUGGAGACAGUUGCGAGUAUGUGGUCAUCAGGGCCUUCGAGCGCCGUUGCGAAUGGAGGGAAGGGAUAUACCGAGAAUACGGUUUCGAAGGGCCUGAAACUUGAAGCUAAGGCUUAA